AUGGCUUCCUUCUCUUCUCUCUCAACCUUCUUCCUCCUCCUCCUUCCUCUCACCUUCCUUCUAUUUUCCUCUCCCUCUCCGGUGCAGGCUCGGCCGGCGGCCGGCGACGGUCAACUCAACUCCCGAGGUGCCCUGGAAAUAAUCAUCGGUGGCGGACCCGACCCGAACCCGGAAACUCCGGAAAACCCGCCGGUUCCAUGUCCGCCGCCGCCGCCGGAGUUCGAGAACGAGCGGCUGAAAAAGGCUUACUUUGUGAUACAGAGACUGAAAAGGAAAAUCACCGGCGGGAGGAUGGAUGUGGUGAAGACAUGGAAGGGGAAGGACGUGUGCCGUUAUAAAGGAUUCCGAUGCGACCAUUUACCGGACGGGAUGAAAGAGAGGACGGUGUCGGCGGUGAGCUUUACUGGGUUCAAAUUUGAAGGUCCGGAGCUGUUUCUUGAAGGAUUUAUGGAUGAAUUGGAUGAUAUUGCUGUGUUUCAUGUCAAUUCCAAUUUCUUCGUUGGCCCGAUUCCCGAGAAAAUUAAUCGCCAACGAUUCUUCUUUGAGAUGGAUCUUAGUAACAACAAACUUCCCGGGGAAUUUCCGACAAACGUGUUGGGAGCGACAGAGCUAACAUUCCUCGAUCUUCGUUACAACAACUACUGCGGACCAAUCCCGGAGCAGAUAUUCAACAUGGACAUAAUCAGCGCAAUUUACAUAAACAAUAACCAAUUCAGCUCAAAUCUUCCGUACAAUCUAGGGAGAACUCCAGCCAAGUACCUGACAUUUGCCAACAACCAGUUGUCGGGACCGAUCCCGAGAAGCAUUGGGGACGCGAAGAAGACAAUGGAAGAAAUUGUGUUCUUCAACAACCAAUUGGAAGGGUGUUUGCCGUUCGAGAUCGGUUACUUGGAAAACGCCGUGCUGUUCGACGCCGGGAAGAAUCGCCUGACCGGACCCAUACCGCUGUCCUUGGCUUGCAUGGGCAAGAUGGAGCAUCUGUAUUUGGCGGACAACCAAUUGUACGGACCGGUGCCGGAGGAAAUCUGCAAGUUACCUAAACUUGGUAACUUCACGUUGAAGAACAAUUUCUUCACUCAGGUGGGACCACACUGCAAGAAGCUAAUAAAAAAGAAGAUUCUAGACGUUUCGAACAACUGCAUACCAGGGCUCCGGAAGCAAAGAUCUGAAGCAGAAUGUGCAGAGUUUGCAUACAGACCCAAAUACUGCGGGGACGACAAAUCGUUCACGUACAUUCCUUGCAAAAACAAUCAUUAUUUUCAUCCUCACGUCUCUAAACCUAACAAUAACGUAAAUUACGUGUCGCCAAAGAAAACGUACGCAGCUCUCACUCCCGAGCCCCAAUAA